GCAAGCGUGUUUGUGCAGGGGGCGCGUGGACGCGGUUCGUGAGAGACCGAGGUAGAGAACGGUGAGGGGGCGGCCAAAGUGGAGAGGGGUCAGCAGCAGCCAGAGCAUGCUCUCCACGCAACAGUUCCCUGCCCUGCCUGCGGAGGAGGAGCGCUACCGGCAGGUCCUCUCCGCCAGCCGGGUCUUAGGAACAGAUGAGGAUACUAUGGGGGAUGGUUGCUCUCAGAAACUGGCUUCUGCCAAGUUCCUUCGACUGUUGCUCCUGAUACUGAUUCCAUGCAUCUGUGCCCUUAUCCUUUUGCUGGUGAUCCUGCUUACCUUUGUAGGAGUGUUAGAAAAAACAUGCUUUUAUUCAAAUGGAAGUGAGAGACUCACAGUUAAUGGUGACUUUGAAAUGUCUCCUGAUCUUUUGCCAAAUAUGGUUGAAAAUAGUUCUGAGACUGAUUCCACAGUGGAUCUCAGCACACAGCCCUCUUCUUGGACCACCACACCUUUAUCCCACAUUGACCAAAUGAACAAGAACUCAAAUAUAUUUAGAGAGUCUUUCCAAGAAAAUUCCUUUGGUCCCCCAACUCAAGACACAGUGCUCAGUCAUCAGCCUGCCUCUGAAACUGCUUUGGCAGAGGGCUCUGAAGACAACACCCGGCUGUUUGCCACUGCAGAAGAGAUGACAUUGUGGCCUACAGAUGCUUCUUUUAACAACACAGAGAGGAUGACCACUCUGCCAAUAUUAAGUCCUACUCAUCCGUCUAUGUCACAAAAAAUGGAUCAGAAAAAAAGUGCCUGCAGAAAUAUCACCAACAGCCAGUGCCAAAUGCUGCCAUAUAACUACACCACUGUAACUUCAGUUCUUUCCAUUGUCAAAAGUAUUGAAAUGGAAAAGUUCCUGAAGUUCUUCAGUUACCUCAAUCGUCUCAACUGCUAUCAACACAUCAUGCUGUUUGGCUGCAGUCUCGCUCUUCCUGAAUGCAUCAGUGAUGGUGAUGACAGUCGAGGCCUCUUGCCCUGCAGGACGUUUUGUGAGGCAGCAAAAGAAGGCUGUGAACCAGUGUUGGGUAUGGUGAAUGCUUCUUGGCCAGACUUCUUGAAGUGCUCUCAAUUCCAGAACAAAACUGAGAAUGACACCACUACAAGGGUAUGCUUCUCACCACACCAAGAAAAAGGAAAGCAGUCACUGUGUGGAGGAGAGGAGAGUUUCUUGUGUGCCAGUGGGAUCUGCAUCCCAGGGAAACUGCAGUGUAAUGGCUACAACGACUGUGAUGAUUGGAGUGAUGAGGUCCAUUGUAAUUGCAGCACUGAUGUAUUUCGCUGUGAGACGGGAAAAUGCCUCAAUUAUACCUUUGUUUGUGAUGGAUACGAUGACUGUGGAGACCUUAGUGAUGAGCAAAAUUGUGAUUGCAAUCCAGUGACACAUCACCAGUGUGGAGAGGGGAGAUGUAUAACAGCUGAUUGGGUAUGUGAUGGUGACCAUGACUGUAUAGACAAAUCAGAUGAGAUCAAUUGCUCAUGUCACAGUCAGGGUCUGGUGGAGUGCAGAAAUGGGCAGUGCAUUCCUAGUGCAUUCCAAUGUGAUGGAGAUAAUGAUUGUAAAGAUGGAAGUGAUGAAGAAAACUGCAGUGAAAAUCAAACCCUCUGUCAGGAGGGAGACCAGAGGUGCUCUUCCUGCCCUGAUCCCUGUGGAGCUUCUCCCUGUGAGAUGAGAAACAGCCAGGCAAACUGCAGUCAGUGUGAACCAAUUACUCUGGAACUUUGUAUGAACUUGCCUUACAACUAUACUUAUUACCCAAACUACCUGGGCCACAGGACACAGAAGGAAGCCUCUAUCAGCUGGGAGUCCUCCCUUUUCCCAGCUUUGGUUCAGACCAACUGCUACAAGUACCUGAUGUUUUUUGCCUGUACAAUCUUAGUACCAAAAUGUGACCCCCAUACAAAUCAGCGGAUCCCACCUUGCAGGACAUUGUGUGUACAGUCUAAGGAGCGCUGUGAGGCUGUGCUUGGGAUUGUAGGUCUGCAGUGGCCAGAAGAUACAGACUGCACUCAGUUUCCAGAUGAGAACUCGGACAACCAAACCUGUCUAACACCAGAUGAAGAUGUAGAAGAGUGCUCACCCAGUCACUUCAAGUGCCGCUCGGGGCGGUGCGUCCUGGCGUCCCGGAGGUGCGACGGCCAGGCUGACUGCGAGGAUGACAGUGACGAGGACAGCUGUGGUUGUAGAGAAAGAGGUCUUUGGGAGUGUCCUUUGAAGAAGCUGUGCAUCAAGCACACCAUGAUCUGUGAUGGUUUCCCAGACUGCCCUGACAUGAUGGAUGAAAAGAAUUGCUCAUUUUGUGACGAGAGUGAACUUGAGUGUGCCAACCAUGAGUGUGUGCCCCGUGAACUCUGGUGUGAUGGGCAGGCAGACUGCACUGACAGCUCAGAUGAAUGGGACUGUGUUACACUGUCUAAAAACAGGAAUUCCUUGAUGCUCCUGACCGUUCACAGGUCAGCUGCUGAUAACCAUGUUUGUGCUGAUGAGUGGCAAGAAAACCUAAGCCAACUGGCCUGCAAUCAGAUGGGUUUAGGAGGACCAUCCAAAACAGAAAUUGUAAUAGAGAGUGAGGAAAUGCGGGACCAAAAAUGGCUGAAUCUGCACCCAGAUUGGAAGAAUAAAAAUGCAUCCACUUUACAUGCACUUCUAGUGAAUGGACAGACGUGUCAAAGCAGAAGCAAAGUGGCUCUCUUUUGCACUAAAGAAGAGUGCGGCCGCCGCCCCGCCGCCCGCAUGAGCAAGCGCAUCCUGGGCGGCAGGACCAGCCGGCCGGGCCGCUGGCCCUGGCAGUGCUCCCUGCAGAGCGAGCCCAGCGGGCACAUCUGUGGCUGCGUCCUCAUCGCCAGGAGAUGGGUCCUGACUGUAGCACACUGCUUCGAAGGAAGAGAAAAUGCAGCUGUCUGGAAAGUAGUGUUUGGGAUCAGCAAUCUUGAUCACCCAACAAGUUUCAUGCAGACCCGACAAGUGAGGACCAUCAUCCUCCAUCCACGCUACAACAGAGCAGUUGUAGACUAUGACAUCAGCAUUGUGGAACUAGAUGAGGACAUCAACGAGACAAGCUAUGUAAGACCUGUCUGCUUGCCCAGCAAGAACCAGUUGGUUCAGCCAGACACCUACUGCUACAUCACGGGCUGGGGACACAUGGGCAACAAAAUGCCUUUCAAGCUUCAAGAAGGAGAGGUUCGCAUAAUUUCCUUAGAACAAUGCCAGUCAUAUUUUGACAUGAAAAUCAUCACCAGCAGGAUGCUAUGUGCUGGCUACGAAUCUGGCACUGUGGACUCUUGCAUGGGUGACAGUGGAGGACCACUUGUGUGUGAGCAUACUGCCGGGCACUGGACUUUGUUUGGUUUAACAUCUUGGGGCUCUGUCUGCUUUUCCAAGGUUUUGGGACCUGGAGUUUACAGCAACGUGUCACAUUUUAUUGAGUGGAUUGAAAGACAAAUAUACAUCCACACCUUUCUGCUAAACUAACUCCAGAUGGUAAGAAUUGUGCUGACAGACAAAAGAAAAAAGGAAUCAGCCCUUCAAUACUGAAGGUUUUGCAGUCCAGAAACUCUGUGAAAAGGAGUUUCAAGCUCUAUCUAUUCUUGUUGUGGAGCUAUGGAAUAUGCAGUGUGUGUUACCGGUAAAUCCUCUGCUCAUGAAUAUACUUUGUGGUAGAAUUAAUAAUCCUUUUGACUUUUCUUUUAACUGUGUUGUGGUGCUAUUCUAAACACUGCAAAAAGCUUAAAAGAAAAGAAUCAACCACUUUCUGCCUUUCAGCUAUUAAAACUAAGCAGUAGCACAGACUAGAAAAACUUUUUAAAAUAACCUAUUUUAAUACUACUCUAUUAGUAGCACAUGCAUUUUCACUCACUUCUUGUGAUGAGGAAGGAACUUUGUGCAUUCACGUGGCACCACAGGACAUACAUUCACAAGGAAACUCUCAACAGGGCCAUACCACAUGCUGGAGAGUGUGGAAGAGAUUGAUGGGUUUGUACAUCCAUGUGGCACAGGACACAUCAAAGCACACGUGCAGGUCUCCAAAGGUGUGUAGCCAUAUGCUCCUGGACUCCCUGAGCUAGUGCAUUUUGUCCCUCAGGGUGGUUAAUUUGCAUGGCCAUAACUCUGUACUGUCCUGAUUCCACAGCUUCUGUUCCCAGAGCCAGACUGGGCAUCUCUCUGGAGAACCAGUAGGCAAACAGACCCAUAACUACCAGCAGAGGCACUAGAGACCAAAACUUUAUUGUUCAGACUCUGGACAGCUCUAGCACUUAAUCUUCUGAAGCUUCCAAUGUCCUAAUGUGUCCAGGGAACACCCAUGCCUCAGCAGCACCACACUGAGCAGUGCAUUUAUCAAACCUGUGCCCGACUGGCUUUCCUCUUCACAAUGUAUAAUGUGUUCAGCAUACAAAGCAUUCACUAACCAUCUCCAGCCCUCUUAAAACUUAAAGAGGGUUGGCAAUACCACUGCAAUGGUUUUGCCUCCUAGAGUCAGCUAGUUUGGACAUAUUGUGAGACAUGGAAAAUGACAUGAAAAUGCAGAUUUAAAAUGCAAAAGAUGCAGUGUGGGCACCGUCCCAAAUAUUGGGGAACUGGUUAAUUUUUAUAGGUCUCUUCUUGUACCCUGCAUUUAAAGUUUAAUUUUGACUAGCAAGAUAAAACAUUUGGGAAAAGGAAAAAAGCAGAAAGAAAAUGAGUGAUAGAAGGCUUGGGAUUUCAGCUUCUGUUCAAGUGAGUAUUAGAAAUAGCAGAAGCAAAGUACAACAGCUUCACCAGCAAAAGCUUGAGGAGCCCAGCUCAAGUGCUUGGUAGCUGGAUGUGGAGUGCUCUGAACAGUAGUAGGACAGUAAGCCUUAACUCCACUUAACUCCAAGAGAAUUGGGUUGGAAAAGAUUAUGAUGGAGCUUGGCACCUUUUUAUGGUGCUAGAGGGAAAGUGUGUCCAUUCAACUGCUGUAGAUGAUGUCCUGCACAGCUAUCAGCUUUUAGGAGGCCAGAAUAGGAUAAGUCAGGAAUCCAAGGAUUACAGGACAAAUUCCACUGGGGAACAAUGCAUUUAAAAUCUGUGUUUUCAGUGCUGUGCCUAGUCCCCUGUGAAUACAGCCUAAGGCACAUAAUAAUCCUCUUUGCUACCUCUGGCACAGCCCCAUGACAGCAGGGCAGGGCCUUGUCAAUAGCACGACUGCCGCAUGUGAAAACGUGCAUAAAAAAGACCUAAGACAUGGACAUUUCAGGUACUAUGAAUCAUGUUGCAACUCAUCUCCACAGAUCUACUGCUUUCAUGAAGGUUAAUCUCUUAUCUCUAUAUCUUCUCCUUAAACAUUGCUAACAUUAGAACAUUAGUCACACUAGACUGCACUGUUGACAUGAAUAUUAAUAAAUACUCAAUAUUUAUGUUAUGGAUUCUGAAACUGUUUAAGUGAUUAUUCAGUCACUGUUUCAUGCUCAGAAGGGAAACUCUUCAAGGCUUUGCUAGGUUUGAGUGUUGGGUUUUUUUAGUACCUUAAACACUGAAAAUACUCUUCUUGCCCCUGUUAUAAAUGAGAGAAAGCAGCUGUGACCAUGUUUAUCUAGUGCAAGUAGAUUACGGCUGAAGCACGUUGUUUAUGUUCUUGCCUCAAGGAUAUGGAGGCUGGAGCUCUCAGUCCUCAUUCAGCUUUCCUCUGGGGCUGUAGGGCAGAAAAGCUCUGAGUCCUGGAGCUGGUUCAAGAGUUCCCUGAGGAGAAGGUGGCCCAGUGGUUGUUAAAGCCAGCUGGCUGGACUCAGGUUCUGGCCUGGUCUGUUUUCCAAAGAGGUGCUGCUGCAGAAUGAGCAACCCAGCCUGGCUUCUUUCCACCAGAUACCGUCGGUGGUUAGCAGCUUUGAAUUUUGUAAAGCGCCCGAGUUCAUAAAAUUAUUCAUGUAGAUAUUAGCAUUACCAAAUGAUAACAUGAUAACUACACAUCUUAAUUACCUGGAUUUGACCUACCACCAGCUUCCAAGCAGUCCCUCCCAGGAAAUGAGGCAGAGUCCUGCUUAAACAUAAGGUCCAGGCCCAUCCUAUAUGGGACGUCUGAAGAAAUUCCAGUCUGAACCCCAGCCCAGAUGGCUCUAGGAGGGAGCACUUGGGUCUUAUCCUUUCCCACAACUGUGUCUGACACAACAUUCCAUGUAAAGAGGAAAUUUGUAAUUUUACAGAUGUAUUUUUAUACAGGGUUUUUUAUGUGUGCACAUGAAAUAGGCAAACAUGCUCCUCCUUCCACUGCAUCAGGCCUUUUCCUGUGUGCUGACACAAUGGCUAUGAUCACAGUUAUGCUGUUUGUCUCACAGGUGUAGCCUCAUUGUAAGGUAACAUUUGUUGGUUUUGCUUCUACCACAGCUGUAUCUCCAAAUGGAAGCAAUGCCACUCAGUCAAGCCAAUGUGUUUCUUUCUAGUUGUACUAAUAAAAAUUUACAAUCAUUUUCCAAAUAACUUCUGUUGAAAAUGUGUUUUAAUCUUUGGAGAGACUAAACGAUAAUAUGGAGGUAACAAAUUAUAACUUUAGCAAUAAUGCCUAAAAAUAGCCUUCAAAAGGCAUUUUUGAAUCCUUAGCUGACUUUUUUUUAGCAGCCCUGUUAGUACUGCAAUACUUGUAGAGAUUCUGGCACUACUACCACUGUACAACUUUUAGUUUUUUCUGUGUGUAUGCUUCCAAUACAGAAUAUUACUAUGAAUACUGCUGCUAACAACUACUCUGAGCUUAGAAAUCUGAAAAACUAAAGCUGCAAUCAAAUCUGCAAUCUGAACACAUUUUGUUCUAUAAUUUUGCUCUGGAAUGCAAUUAGUUUUAAAUUUAAAAAAUCUCUUUUAAGUUGUACACAGAAUUUCAACAACAGGUGCACAUCCUGAAAUCAAAAUAAUAAGCAGACAGAAGCUUAAAACAGUUAAAAUUUACCUUUCCACUGCAAUAAGGAAGCUAGGAGCAUGAGGGCAAGAGUAACAUAAUCAGAAUAAAACAGGACCAAAUAAUACAAACCUCACACUAAAAUUCAGCUAUGGGAAUGUUGUUAAGACAGUCACAUUUGGAAGUUGCCCAUUAGCCUUGGCCAAGAGCCAGGGCUGGUGGGAGCAGUGGGUUCUCUGCUUUAGCUGGUCCUCAGCCCGUCCUAGCCUUGUGCUGUGGCUAGUGGGGCUGUGGAAAAAACAGCUUGGGCUAAACAUCAGCUCAGACUGUGCCCCAGGUACAGACCAAAGCUCAGUGUCCUGCCAAAAUACUCAGCAAAGGCUGUCGCUGACUGCCACCCACAAAUGUUUAGCACAGGUGUGGUUGCUGUGAAAGAAAAAAAUUUAAAACAUGUCCUUUCUUCUGUAAAUCAAAUACUGCAUAUCAAAACCAGAGUCAAGACUGUUCUAGAUGUAGCUGCAAAGUUUGGGGCAGCUGAAGGUGGUUGUUUUGGUUUGUUUUAAAAUUAUAGAAGUAUAAAUGCUGUGCUUCUUUUCAUGACAUGUGGAAGGCACCUGUGAGAUGCUCUUAAAAAGCUUAUUCUCAAAAUGGAAAAGUCAGAUCAUGCUGUGCCUAAGUGCAGAAGCAAGCAGGUGAUUGUGACAUUUUCAGUGCUAAAAAAAUAAUAAAGGGAACAUUGAACUUCUGGAAAGCACAGGGAGAAUAAUGUGUUUCCACCCUUCAUUUGGCACUACUUUAGUUAUGGCCAAUUAAUAUUUUAAAGUUUUUAUUAAAGACUCAUGACCCUCAUUUCACCUUCAGUAAAAGACAGCAAGUAAUCACAGCAAAUGCGUUCAGCUAUUUCUGCUGUUUGUCCACCACAAAAAAAAAACCCAACAAACCCAACCUCAAAACCAAAAAGACUAACAAUCAAGCAAAAAAAAAACCAAAAAACAAAACUAACCCCCAAAGCAAGUUUUACCCAACAGGUAAUUAUGUUAUGACCCAAACUGCUUGUUUAAAUCCUCUAAUAAGACACAGACUGCUGAGGAGUUUUAAGCAAUAUGGAGUACCAAUAUGCAAUAUACACACACAUACACACACACAUACAUGUUAUUUUUCACUACUUCAAGUGGUACAACAGCACUUACAAUCUCAGCAGAGAGGAACAGUGUCCUGAAAGCCUCACUGCACUAAGCUGUUAGUAAUGGAGUGCUGAGACUUGUAAAGAGUCAUAAUAGCAAUUUAAAUGUCCCAGAGGCAUCAUGGAGCUAGUCUCAGGUCCUACACCUGACUCCCAUUCAUGUUUCUUCAUGUAGUUACUUUGAUGCCAUGGCUUAGUCAGAAGGUUUUGGAAGAUCUUACUUUGAAUACUUGCAGCUUUUGUAUGCAAAAAAAUGCAAACUCCUGACACUAAAUGAUCAUCUACCUGUCAGAUCUGCUGGUAGGUUCUGCUUCUGCAGCAGAGGAAACAAGAGGGCAAGUCACAGGCUGGUGUUGUCCCCAAACUCUUUUUAACAGAGACAGGGGGGACAGAGCUGAGGCCUGCACUCCCUCAGGUCACUGGAAGUGCUGGAGCUCCCCCAUCAAAGUUCAACAUACCUCAGUCAUAGAGUUAGAGACUUGUAAAACAUGGACCAAUCUCCUCUCAGUGGCCACCAGUGCAGAGAGGCUGUGGAUUUAAAGAGCAGAAGAAACAUUCACGACAGAUAAUGUAAACAAAACCAGUAUUUGACUCUGAGGGCAGGAAAGCACUGCCUGUUUCUCUGUAGCUCUUUACAGCAGGAUAACAUCCACUAGGAAGGACAAGGGUGGAGCUGAGCCUGCCUUGGAGCUGUGGAGCAGAGUAGAUGAUUUCAAUUCAUCCCAGUAACUCUCUUCCUGUAUGAUUCUGCCCCCGUUCCAGCUUGUCUCCCUGCACAACCUGCUGACUGUUUUGCAACCUUGCAGCUCCUAUUUCUUGUCGAGUAAGCUGAGAUGUUUCACUUGGGAAACCUGGAAUACAUUCAUUGCAAGGUGCUCCACCCCACCACAACAAGAAGGAUGUUUCAGAUAAACAUCUGAAAAAGUAACCUAGACCACCAUGAUCUCUUGCAAUUUGAAUGUCUGCCAUCACUUCAAAGGCCUCCACUAACUUUAUAUUAGAACAUACCAAAAACAUUUUGUCAUAUGUUGAA